AGCCCGUCGGGUCGCAGCAGUCGGCGGCAAAACUGCUCCGGGUGACGAAGGCGGCAUGUGCGAGGGCCCGUCCCGUAUCUCGGGGCCAAUCCCCCCAGACCCUACGCUCUUCCCUGACUACUACCGGCGGCCGGCCUCGGCCCAAGGACGCCUUGAGGGAAACGCGCUGAAGCUAGACCUGGUCACUUCGGACCUCGACUUGGACGCCACCCCUCCGCGCGGUCCCCGCAUAGGUCCUGGAGCCAGACAGAUCCUGGACCGUGGCAGGCAUGGCGUCGGAGGAGUGCUGCUGCAAUUUGGGGGCAUCUCCCUAAGCCCAGAGGCCUCUUCCAAGAGGAAGGACCCUAAAGACUAUGAGAAGGAGAACCUGAAGCGGAUCAGAGAGAUCCAGAAGCGCUUCCGUGAGCAGGAGCGCAGCCGGGAGCAGGGCCAGCCCAGGCCCCUGAAGGCUCUGUGGCGUUCACCCAAAUAUGACAAGGUGGAGUCCCGGGUCAAGGCCCAGCUGCAGGAGCCCAGCCCAGCCUCUGGAACAGAGCCCACCCACUUCCUUCGGGCACACUCCCGCUGUGGCCCUGGGAUCCCACCACCCCGUGCCCCCAGUCCUCAGCUAAACCCACCAGGCCCCAAUGCUAAGGGGCCAGGCCUGGAUGUGGACUUCAUUAGCCACAAUGCCCGCACUGCCAAGAGGGCCCCCCGGCGGCAUUCCCUCUCCCUGCAGGUCCUGGCACAAGUGCUGGAGCAGCAACGGCAAGCCCAAGAGCACUACAACACCACGCAGAAGGGCCACGUACCCCAUUACUUGUUGCAACGCAGGGAUCUGUGGCGGCGGGAGGCUGAGGCCCGCCAGCAUAGCCAGCCGGACCCUGCCAUGCCCCCUGGUCACACUUGCAUGCCUGAGAACCAGCGGCUGGAGACACUGAGCAAUCUGCUCCAGAGCCAGAGCCAGUUGCUACGUGAGCUGGUGCUGCUGCCUGCUGGGGCAGACUCACUGAGGGCCCAGGGCCACCAUGCUGAGCUGGACCAGAAGCUGGUGCAGGUAGAGGAGGCCAUCAAGAUCUUUUCCCGCCCUAAGGUCUUUGUGAAGAUGGAUGUCUGA